AUGGCGGACCAAAACAUCUCACAGUACAAAUACUCGGCUAUGUCCAACCUGGUUCUCCAGGCGGACCGUCGUUUCAUUAGCCGCAACAACGAUGAACCCACCGGAGACCCCGAGUCUAUCGCCGGCCGCAUCGGUAUUAAAGAGAUGGGCUCCCGAAUCGCGCGUGACGAUGCCCCCAAAUCCAAGAAGAAGACAACAGGCCCGGUGGAUCUUGAGCGAGGAUCCAUUCGCGAAGGCGAAGAUGUGCUUUUGCGCGAACAAAAGAAGCGCCAACGUGGCCAGGCCGCACAACUACGAGGACAGGGUAUUCUCUCAGCAUCUGAUGCUGUUGUCGAGGGCCUGAAAUAUCGCCCACGAACCCCCGCGACACGAGCCACUCACGACCUCAUCCUUACGAUCACCGGAAGCCACCUUGGCGAUGUCCCCCACGAAGUUAUUCGAAGUGCCGCCGACGCCGUAUUAGAGCUGCUUAAAGACGAGGAAAUGAAGGAUUUUGACAAGAAAAAAGAGAUCGAUGACCUUCUUGGCAGCUCCAUGAACCCGAAGGAAUUCAACGAGCUCGUGAACCUGGGCAAGAAAAUUACCGACUACGAUGCUCAGGAUGAUGACGAGGGUAUGGACGGCGACGGUAUGGACGAGGACGAUGCCGAACUCGAUGAGCGUCAAGGUGUCGCCGUGGUUUUCGACGAAGGAGACCAGGAUGACGAUGAGGAAGGACCGGGCACAGUGAACGAAAUCCGGGAUGAAGAUUCCGAUGAAGACGAAGCAGACGAACAAGACGAGAAAGACGUCGACGAACCUGCUGCCCAAGAGCUCGAUGCCGGCGACGAAAUGCUUAUCGACGGUGGACUUGGCAAGGAUGACAAAACUGGGAACAAAGCAGGAUUGAAGGUCCCCGCCAACGAGAUUGAUGCUUACUGGAUUCAGCGUCAGAUCGGAGAGCUCUAUCCUGAUGCCCACACUCAGCAAGAAAAGACAAAAGAGGCCCUCGAAAUCCUCGGUGGCCAGUCAGAGGAUGGAUCCGAACGACCCCUCCGCGAUGUUGAGAAUGACCUCAUGGAGUUGUUCGACUACGACCAUCCUGAUCUCGUUGCUAAAUUCGUCACCAACCGUGAUAAGGCAGUCUGGGUAACCCGCUGGAGACAGGUUGCUGAAGAUGCUGAUGCGCGCAACCUUGUGGAAAGUCAAAUGGUUGAAGCUGGGCACCGGGCGAUUCUUGAUGAAAUCCGUGGCAAGGCCGCUCGUGACGAUCUCGCCGCACGACCGGAAAAGAAGAUCAAGAUGGACUUAAUGGAUCUCGACAUUCCAUCAGCGCCUGAACCCGAAAAGAAGGCCAGCGAUGAAACCGGCCUUGUUGGCGGUCUGCAGCCCAAGAGACUGAUCAACCUCGAGAACCUGGUCUUCUCCCAGGGUAACCAUCUUAUGACCAACCCCAACGUCAAGUUGCCCCAGGGAUCAACGAAGCGCUCGUUCAAGGGAUACGAGGAGAUCCAUGUUCCCCCUCCCAAGGCCACCAAGAAGCCCGGCGAGAAGAACCUCCCGGCCACCGAGUUGCCUGAAUGGGCUCGUGUGGGCUUUGGAAGUGCCAAGGAGCUCAACCGAAUCCAAACUAAGUGUUUCCCGACGGCCUUCAACGACGAUGGUAACAUGCUUGUCUGUGCCCCCACUGGUUCCGGAAAGACCAACGUUGCCAUGCUCACGAUCCUUCGCGAGAUUGGCAAAAACCGCAACCCUGAAACUGAUCAUCUACAUUUCCCCCUGAAGGCUCUUGUCCAGGAGCAAGUCGGAAACCUUGGGAAGCGCCUGGAGCCCUACGGCAUUCGCGUGUCAGAACUGACUGGUGAUCGUCAACUCACCAAACAGCAAAUCGCCGAUACUCAGAUCAUUGUCACCACCCCUGAAAAGUUCGACGUCAUCACUCGCAAGGCUUCCGAGACUAGCUACACCAACCUGGUUCGACUUGUUGUCAUUGACGAGAUUCACUUGCUGCACGACGACCGUGGUCCUGUUAUUGAAAGCAUCGUAAGCCGUACGAUCCGCCGGACCGAGCAAACUGGCGAGCCCGUCCGCAUUGUCGGUCUCAGUGCUACUCUUCCCAACUACCGUGACGUCGGAAGCUUCCUGCGCGCCGAUCCCGAGAAGGGUAUCUUCCACUUCGAUGGCUCAUACCGACCUUGCCCUCUGAAGCAGGAGUUCAUUGGUGUGACCGACAAGAAGCCUAUCAAGCAAUUGAAGACAAUGAACGAUAUCUGCUACAACAAGGUCAUGGAGCAGGUUGGCCAGAAACGCAACCAAAUGCUUAUCUUCGUCCAUUCGCGCAAGGAGACUACCAAGACCGCCAAGUACAUUCGGGAUAAGGCAGUCGAGAUGGAAACAAUUGGUCAAAUCCUGCGCAGUGAUGCUGCUAGUCGUGCUAUUCUUUCAGAGGAGGCCGACUCAGUCGAUGACGCUGGUCUGAAGGAUCUCUUGCCCUACGGUCUGGGUAUUCACCAUGCUGGUCUGAGUCUUGCGGACCGUGAUUCCGUUCAAGCUCUCUUUGCCGAUGGAAGCAUUCAAGUUCUCGUCUGCACAGCCACCCUGGCCUGGGGUGUCAACUUGCCCGCACAUACCGUUAUCAUCAAGGGCACCCAGGUGUACUCGCCCGAGAAAGGUAGCUGGGUUGAACUGAGUCCUCAGGAUGUUCUGCAGAUGCUUGGACGUGCGGGUCGGCCUCAGUAUGAUACUUUUGGUGAAGGUAUUAUCAUUACUUCCCAGGCUGAAAUCCAGUACUACCUCUCGCUUCUGAACCAACAACUCCCGAUUGAGUCUCAAUUGGUCAGCAAGCUUGCGGAUAAUAUGAAUGCUGAGAUUGUACUGGGCAACGUUCGAAACCGUGACGAAGGUGUUGAAUGGCUUGGCUACACCUACCUGUACGUCCGAAUGCUUCGCUCGCCUGGUUUGUACAGCGUUGGUGCCGACUAUGAGAAUGAUGAAGCUCUUGAGCAAAAGCGAGUUGAUCUGGUCCACUCGGCUGCCACUAUUCUUGAGAAGGCGGGCCUUGUCAAGUAUGAGAAGAAAACAGGCCGCCUCCAAGCAACCGAUCUGGGUCGCAUCGCUUCUCAUUACUACAUUGGCCACAACUCGAUGCUCACAUACGCUCAACACCUUCAGCCUUCGAUUACCAGUAUCGAGCUUUUCCGAAUCUUUGCUCUCAGUGAUGAGUUCAAGUACAUUCCUGUCCGCCAGGACGAAAAGUUGGAGCUUGGCAAGCUCUUGGGUCGCGUGCCUGUCCCCGUCAAGGAGUCGAUUGAGGAACCUCAUGCCAAGAUCAACGUUCUGCUUCAGGCUUACAUCUCUCGCCUCAAGCUGGAUGGACUUGCGUUGAUGGCAGAUAUGGUUUAUGUUACUCAGUCAGCUGGUCGUAUUAUCCGGGCGCUUUUCGAGAUCUGCCUGAGGAAGGGCUGGGCCUCUGUGACGAAGACUGCUCUCGACCUUUGCAAGAUGGCUGAGAAGCGUAUGUGGCCGACAAUGUCUCCCCUCCGCCAAUUUAGCGGCUGUCCUAAAGAUAUUCUGCAAAAGGCUGAGCGUAUCGACGUUCCUUGGAAUAGUUACUUUGACUUGGACCCUCCGCGCAUGGGUGAGCUUAUGGGGAUGCCCAAGGCUGGCCGUGUCGUUUGUGAUCUUGUUUCAAAAUUCCCUCGCCUUGAGCUUCAGGCACAUGUGCAACCGAUCACCCGCUCCAUGCUCCGCUUCGAACUGACCAUCACCCCCAACUUCAUUUGGGACGACUCUGUGCAUGGCGCUGCUCAAGAUUUCUGGAUCUUGGUCGAGGACUGCGACGGAGAAGAGAUCCUGUACCACGAUCGCUUCCUUCUUCGGGGAGAAUUUGCCAAGUCUGAGAUGAACGAGCACCUUGUCGAAUUCACCGUUCCAAUUACGGAGCCGACGCCCCCCAACUACUUCAUCUCUCUGGUGUCCGACCGUUGGAUGCACGCUGAGACCAAGAUUGCCGUUUCGUUCCAGAAGUUGAUCCUUCCUGAGCGCUUCCCCCCUCACACUCCCGUGCUGGACAUGCAGCGUGCCCCUGUCAAGGCUCUGAAGCAUCCUGAAUAUCAACAGCUCUACCCCGAUUGGGAAAACUUCAACAAGAUUCAAACGCAAGUCUUCAAGUCCGUUUACGACUCGGACGACAAUGUCUUCAUUGGAGCUCCUACUGGAAGCGGUAAGACUGUCUGUGCUGAAUUGGCCCUCCUGCGCCACUGGUCAGCCGAGGGCAAUGGCCGUGCCAUCUACAUUGCUCCAUUCCAAGAGCUUGUAGAUCUGCGUCUUGCUGACUGGCAGAAGCGUUUGGGUAACCUUGUGGGUGGUAAAACCAUUGUCAAGCUGACAGGCGAGACAACGGCCGACCUCAAGCUUCUUGAGAGUGCCGACCUUGUCCUGGCCACUCCCACCCAGUGGGAUGUUCUUUCUCGCCAAUGGCAGCGACGCAAGAAUGUUCAGACCGUGCAGCUGUUCAUUGCCGAUGAGCUGCACAUGCUGGGUGGCUACGGUGGAUAUGUGUACGAAGUUGUCGUUUCUCGUAUGCAUUACAUUGCCCUCCAGACGGAGAAUGAGAUGCGCAUCCUCGGUCUGAGUGUCCCUCUCUCCAAUGCCCGCGACAUUGGUGAGUGGAUUGGCGCCAACAAGCACACCAUCUACAACUUCAGUCCGCACUCUCGACCUAUCCCUAUGGAAUUGCACAUCCAAUCCUUCACCAUUCCGCACUUUCCCUCCCUCAUGCUCGCAAUGGCCAGACCCGCCUACCAGCAAAUCUUGCAACUUUCUCCCGACAAGCCUGCUUUGAUCUUCGUUCCUAGCCGCAAGCAGACUCGUGCUACCGCUAUGGAUCUUCUGGCUGCCUGUGCCAUGGAUGAUGAUGAGGAUCGAUUCCUAAACGCUGACGUGGAAGAGCUUGCUCCGCUCCUCAGCCGCGUCCAAGAGCAGGUUCUUGCUACUUCUUUGACGCAUGGUAUCGGUUAUUACCACGAGGCACUCAGCGCCUCAGACAAGCGCAUUGUCACCCACCUGUUCAAGAUUGGCGCUAUCCAGGUUCUCCUGGCCUCCCGUGAUACCUGCUGGGAGUUGGAUGUGACCGCUCAUCUGGUGAUCGUCAUGAACACCCAGUUCUUCGAGGGACGUGAGCACCGUUACAUCGACUAUCCCAUCAGCGAGAUCCUUCAGAUGUUUGGCAGGGCCACUCGUCCGGGUCAGGAUAAGAUUAGUCGUGGUCUUCUCAUGGUUCCCGCCGUCAAGCGCGACUACUACAAGAAGUUCCUAAACGAGGCCAUGCCAGUGGAGAGCCACCUUCAGGUUUACCUCCAUGAUGCCUUUGUGACCGAAGCCAGCACACGGACUAUUGCUGCGACCCAAGAUGCGGUUGACUGGAUGACUUACACCUACUUCUAUCGUCGACUGCUGGCGAACCCCAGUUUCUACGGUUUGGAUGAUGUGAGCCACAAGGCUCUCAGCGAGUUCCUGUCGGAUCUCGUUGAGAACACGUUGAAGGAGCUGGCCGAGGCCAAGAUAAUUGAUCUGGACGACGAGGAUGAUAGUGUCUCCCCCCUGAAUGCUGCUAUGAUCAGUGCCUACUACAACAUCUCGUUCAUCACCAUGCAGACCUUCCUGCUGUCGCUCUCUUCCCGCACCAAGCUCAAGGGUAUUCUGGAAAUCGUCACUUCCGCCACUGAGUUCGAGUCUAUCCAGAUGCGCCGCCACGAGGAUCACAUCCUUCGCCGCAUCUACGAGCGUGUGCCUGUCAAGAUGUCCCAGCCUGCUUUCGACUCGCCUCAUUUCAAGGCAUUUGUCCUCCUGCAGGCCCACUUCUCCCGCAUGCAACUCCCCAUUGAUCUGGCCAAGGAUCAGGAAGACGUUGUCCGCAAGGUCCUCAAUCUCCUCAGCGCCUGUGUGGACGUGCUUUCCUCGGAGGGUCACCUCAAUGCCAUGAACGCCAUGGAGCUGUCUCAGAUGGUGGUUCAAGCCAUGUGGGACCGCGAUACCCCCUUGAAGCAAAUUCCUCACUUCUCUCCCGACGUCAUCCAAGUUGCCAACAAUUUUAAUAGCCGAAGAAUUAAUGAUAUCUUCGAGUUUAUGGAAGCUAUGGAUCCUGAAGAGAACCAGGAUUACGCCGCUCUCGUCAAGGGUCUGGGACUCAACAACAAGCAGCUGGCACAGGCUGCCGCCUUCACCAAUGAGAACUAUCCCAACGUCGACCUGGAAUUCAACGUCGAGGACCCCGAGAACAUCACUUCCGGCGAGCCCGCCUAUCUCAAGGUCAAGAUUGAGCGCGAAGUGGAGGAAGACGAGGAGCCCAACACUACCGUUCACGCUCCCUUCUACCCCAGCCAGAAGAUGGAGAACUGGUGGUUGGUCGUUGGCGAUGAGAAGACUAAGAGUCUACUGGCGAUUAAGCGAAUUACUAUUGGGCGCAAGCUGGAGCUACGUCUGGAGUAUGUGGUGCCUUCGCCUGGUGAGCACGAGCUCACGCUGUAUCUGAUGAGCGACAGCUAUGUCGGAGUGGACCAGGCUCCCACAUUCUCCGUGAACGCGGCGGAAGGAAUGGAGGAGGAUGAGAGCGAAGAAGAGGAUGAGGAGUAA